UCGGACUACAGCUCCCAGCGUGCCCCGCGGCGGGGCCGCGCGCCCGGCGGGCCUGGCGGGCCGGGACCUCAGCUCCCAGCGUGCCCUGCGGCAGCAUGGCGGCGCUGGCGCGGUGGCAGCGGCUGCGGCCGGGCGCGGCCGCGUGGUGCCGGGCGCUCUGCGGGGCUGCCGAGUUCUCCCCUUCCCCUUCCUUUCCGCCUCCUCCUCCUCCUCCAUCCUCUGCCGGGGGCCGGGCGCUGGCAGCGGCGCUGGGCGCUGGGGCGGCGGCGCUGGUGCUGCUGUGGGCCGGGGAGGGCGAGGGCCGCCGGGCCGCGCUGCCGGUGCUGCACGCCGCCGUGCCCACCCCGCCGCCGCCCGCCUCGCCCCGCGCCGCCUUCAACUUCAUCGCUGAUGUGGUGGAGAAGACGGCACCCGCGCUGGUCUACGUGGAGAUCGUGGGCAGGCAUCCCUUUUCAGGCCGCGAUGUGCCCAUCUCCAAUGGCUCGGGUUUCGUGGUGUCCCCGGAUGGGCUCAUUGUGACCAACGCACACGUGGUGGCGAACCGGCGGCGCGUGCGGGUGAAGCUGGCCAGCGGCGAGCAGUAUGAUGCAGUGGUGCAGGACGUGGACCAGGUCGCAGAUAUCGCUACCAUCAAGAUCAAGCCUAAGCACCCGCUGCCCACCCUGCCCCUCGGGCGCUCCUCAGAGGUGCGACAGGGAGAGUUCGUGGUGGCCAUGGGCAGCCCGUUUGCCCUGCAGAACACCAUCACCUCUGGCAUCGUCAGCUCUGCCCAGCGAGGCAGCCGGGAGCUGGGCCUGACCACCUCUGACAUGGAGUACAUCCAGACCGACGCUGCCAUUGACUUUGGGAACUCCGGAGGCCCCCUCGUCAACUUGGAUGGCGAAGUGAUUGGGGUGAACACUAUGAAGGUGACGUCAGGCAUCUCUUUUGCCAUCCCCUCAGACCGGCUGCGGAAAUUCCUGGAAAAGGAGGAGCAGCGCAAAAGCUCUUGGUUUGGCAAUACAGAGACAAAGCGCCGUUACAUAGGGGUGAUGAUGCUGACUCUUACACCAAGUAUCCUGGCUGAGCUGAAGCUGCGUGAUCCCAGCUUCCCUGAUGUCUCCUACGGAGUGCUAAUCCACAAGGUGAUCAUUGGCUCCCCGGCCCAUCAGGCAGGGAUGAAGGCAGGUGACGUCGUGCUGGAGAUCAACGGGCAGGCAUCGCGCCGUGCAGAGGACGUGUACGAGGCCGUACGGACGCAGCAGAGCCUGGCCUUGCUGGUGCGGCGUGGCUACGACACUUUGCUGGUGAGCGUUGUCCCUGAGGUCACGGAGUAGCAGUGCUGUCGCGCAGACCUGCGGGCGCUGCCUGGCAGUGCUGGCUGAGAGCCGAGGACACAGGACUGAGCCGUGUCUCUGCGCCGGUCAGGGAGAGACUGAGAGCCUGUGAGAGACUGGAAGGGGCCAGGCAGAGGGGCCCAGCCCGGCGCUUGGGCAGACUAGUGGUACAACUGUUCCCCUCUGUACUUAAUUAAAGCACUUUUCUAGGGA